CGGGGGAGACGGCGCGGAGGCGGCGGCUGCCAGAGACAUUUAUCUCAUAAAAAAAAUGAUUGAGUCAGUCAAAAUAAGAAGACAGUGCUUGCUGGAUUUCUACUCGCAUUAUGAACAUCUAUGUGCUCUUCAAGGCUCUGUCCCACUGAAAGCUGUGAAGGCUAACCUGGCUCAGAGUGCUCUUGAUCUAAUUGUAGAUAGAAUCAAAGCUGCUGAUUUGGUACCGCUUCUGAAUGCUAUCAGGCAUAAUAAGACUCUGACUUCUAUUGGAAUAAGAAGUUUUCAUCAACAGGGUCUUGGAGAAUCAGGUGUUGAAAGAUAUAAAACUUACUUUAGAAGGAGAAUUCCAGCAAUUCGAUCAAAAGACUUGACUGGCCAACUAUGCAAAGCUGUCAAAGGCUGUCUCAGUAUAUCAGAUGUACUAAAAAAUUUAGAACUGCAGGGUUUGCUUCUGAGGGAGAGAGAUCUAAUACUUUUAACAAAGGGCUUGGCCGCAGCUGCAUCUCUGGAGAGUGUCUCUUUGGCCCACUGUCCAAUUGGAGAUGGAGGAUUAGAAACAAUCUGUCAGAGCGUAAAGAAUUCAGCUACUAUCAGAUAUGUAAACUUCACAGGAUGUAGCCUCACAUGGCGAGGGGCAGAACAUGUAGCAAAUGUCUUAAAGCACCAGGCAAUGAAAAGACAUGGUGAAGCCUGGGCUGAAAGCCUACGUUACAGGAGACCUGACCUGGAAUAUAUGACUGGCCUGAGGCGGAUUACUUUCAACUGCAACAUGCUUGUGGGAGAUAGAGGAGCAAGUGCCUUUGCAGACUGUCUAGCAGAGGACCUUUGGCUAAAAGCACUUGAUUUGCAGCAGUGUGGAAUAUCCAGUGAAGGAGCAAGGUCAUUAUUAGAUGCUCUUCAAACUAAUACCACAUUAGUGGUACUUGACAUAAGAAAAAAUCCAUUAAUUGAUCACGUUAUGAUGAAAAACAUUAUUGAAAGAGUUGUUAUGAAUGGAAAUGGUGCCAAUUUGGAGUAUAAGUGGCUGACAUCUCCAUCUUCCAAGGAUGCUUUGAAAACUAGACCAAGGAAAAGAACUAUUGUCCUAGGAAGUGGUCGAAAAGGAAAAGCUACUAUUCGUAUUGGAUUACCGUCUAAAAAGUCUGUAAGCCCUGGGAAAAAAAAUACGUCUGUGAAAGAUAGUUACUCACCAAAACCACUACCACCAGGCACAAAAGGCUUCCUUCCUUGGCGGACUGCAGAACGUGCAAAGAGAUGCAGAGGGGGGCCAGUGGAUAGUACUGAAGAUUUACCAGUGAAGAUUCAGGCCUUUCCCGUGGCUGUGAGGCCCAGCCCUGUCUUGCUGUGGGUCGGCUGGAAGCGGCUCCCACUGCCACCAAAUCGUUGCCACGUGUACCAGACAGGUAUGCCUGUGAAAGUGACAGUAGAAAGCACUUCUACAUCUGAAACUGAAGACACAGAAGAUUUAGGUGAUGUUAUCCAUCAUCCCGAUUUGGCAAAAUCGUUAGAUAAGAUUAAUGUAACAAAGUAUCAACAAUUACAGUUGGAGCUGGAAGAAUGCAUGGAAAAAUUAAAGGAAGAACAAAGAGCCAGAAUAAAGGCUGAGGAACGGAUAAUGGAGCUGGAAAUUGAAAAUGCAAGGUUAAGGAAUAUAAAUACUUCCCUCUCUGACGUUCUUCAUGCACAGUCAGUAACCAACAUGAUUUUGGAAGACGAAGGUGUUCUAGGCAGCAUUGAGAGCUCUUUCCAAAAGUUUCAUGCUUUUUUAGACCUCCUUAAAGAUGCUGGACUUGGACAACUUGCUGUAUUAGCUGGGAUAGACCAGUCAGAUUUUGGUCUUUUGGGCCGUCCACAAAUGAAUUCUACUGUCAGUAAGCCUGCUAACGUGCUAAAGGAGAAGUCUUUUGAAGAAGAAAGACAAGAACAUAUCCAGAAUAGCAAAAACAGAGCUGGGGACAUCCAAGUCUCUCUUCCUGGCACGUUUCAGUCCCAGAUGGUUGUGAAUAAUGCCUUCUCUGCUCUUAGAGAAAUACAAGAACUCCAGACUGCUGGGCAACAGUGCCAGCUAGGCUCAUGGAGGGAAGAUGAAGCUCAAGCAAUUAAUCAAAAUAAAGAGGAUAAGCCUCGAAAUAGUAGUCCAUCAUUCUCUGAGAGGAGAGUCAAACAAAAUGAGCACGCAAAAGGACAUCACUCAGCAAGGCAUUUCACUACCAGUCUUCAUUCAUUUUCUGAUUCCAGUGUACAUAUUAAAAGUAAUGGUAGCAGAAUAUCCAGUGAUGCUUCUGGUGAAAAAAGCAAAAAUUGUUCCUCGAAGAAAUACAUCCCUAGAGCAAAUGAAACAGCAAUUCCCAAUGAUGGAGCAAGAGGAGACCAAAGUAGACUACAGUCUGUAAACCGCCUUGGAACUGAUACUGUAGGAUCUGGCUCUGAAAUACAAGAAAGUAUCCAAAGCGUUAGCAGCAUUUGAAAUAGUUCUAAAGUGUUCGGACUUUACACUUGCAAGAUUAAAAAUAGGUUUUGGAUGCCUCAGUAUAGUUUGUGAAUUUUUUGUAAAGUAAUGUAGGCUUUGUAACCUUUUAAAGCAUUGCAUGCUGUUUAGUAUUCCUGCCUCAUGCUUGCAUCACUUGUCGCUAGACUUUUAUUUUUGGAAACUUCUGAUGCGCUGGUAGAAUGGUUCCCUUCAGUUUGUACUACAUAAAAAGGGUUCCUGGCACAUGGGUUUUAUUGUGUAUCACAAUCUCAUUGUAGAAUGUAAACUGUUUUGAGCUAAUAAAAAAUUUGAGUACAA